CCGAAAUCCACAACACUCAUUACAAUCACAACACUCUCCUAAAGGGCACAGCCGAAAAUGACAACCCUCCGACAAAUCUUCCCCCCACCGCCAACCUUCACCGACCGCACCAUCCCCGACCUCACCGGCAAAACCAUCCUCAUCACCGGCGCCACCUCGGGCGUGGGCUACCACGCCGCCAGCCUCCUGUACGCCAAGCACGCAACCGUGUACAUCGCCGUGCGCUCCGCCGCGAAAGCCCGGGCCGCCAUCGCCGCCAUCCAGGCCUUGCCGGAGUGCACGCACAGCCGGGGCCGAAUAGCGUUUCUCGCGUUAGAUCUCGCCGAGCUGGGCGGAAUCAAGCGCAGCGUUGAGGAGUUUCUGGGGAAGGAGGAUCGGCUGGAUGUGUUGGUUCAUAAUGCCGGGGUGAUGACGCCGCCGGCGGGGAGUAGGACUGGUCUCGGCCAUGACCUCGAGAUGAGCACGAAUUGUCUCGGUCCCUUUCUGUUGAAUCAGCUCCUUCUUCCGGUGUUACAGCGCACGGCUGCUUCUGCGGAGCCGGGGAGUGUUCGUGUGGUCUGGGUGGCUUCGUUGCUCUCUGCGUUCGUUGCGCAUGGGGGGAUUGUAUUUGACGAGGAGACUGGCGCCCCUCAGGUGCUUAAGAAUGCGAUGGAGAAUUAUAUGCAGAGUAAAGUCGGGAAUGUGUUUUUGGCGAGUGAGAUGGCGAGGCGGUUCGGUGGGGACGGGGCGAUGAGCUUGAGUGUGAACCCCGGACUCAUGAAGACGGAGCUCCAGCGGCAUAAUUCGCCGGCGCAGGGCAAGAUUAUGGGAAUUCUCUUCAAAGGCCCGCGGUACGGAGCGUAUAGUGAGCUGUUUGCGGCGCUGUCGCCGGAGGUUACUCCCGAAAGGAACGGGGCAUUUGUCAUUCCAUGGGGUAGGUUUGGGACGGUGCCGUGUCAUAUUGAGAAGGGUUUGGCCAGUGAACAGGAUGGGGGCACGGGGGCGGCGGAGAGGUUCUGGGGGUGGUGUGAGCGGGAGACGGCUGCUUUUCGCUGA